AGUAUAGCGCAUACCUUGUCAGACUGUUAGUUGAUGUUAGUUGUCACAUCCAGUUAAUUUUUCUGUUUAUAAUUAUUGUCACUGUAAUCGGUUACGUUUAUUAAUUUAUAUUAAUGUGCAACUAAAAUACUUGAUUUAAUUUUAAAAACAAUUUUUUUUUUCGUUGUUACUCUAAUAAAAAAUAAUAAUUUAUCGUAUUAGUGUUAUCGUGGUAAUUAAUUUAUAAGUGUACAAUACGAUGAAUGAAAAUAAAAAUGUGGCAAGAGGGAGGCGAAGCUCCCUUUGAUGAAUUAAUUGACUCAAAAGGUGAUGAUAUACAGAAAUUAAGUGUAAUACAAACUUUACCAAGUCUGUUGGUUGGAGAUCCCCAAACAUGUAUUCAAAGAUUAAUGCCCAAGAUGCAGCAGACUCUGCCUACAGCAUCAACAGAAUUUCACGUCGCUGCAUCCUCAACAUUCAAAACAAUUUUAGAACAAAGACUUGUCAGUCACUCAACAUUUACACAGACAUUCCUACAAAGCAUUUUAAAUUCACUCGACAGCAAGGAUCAAGUUGUAGCUGAUGCUUGGCUGGAGACCUUGCUUGAUGUUAUUGAGUUACUACCCAGUGAAGUCAUCAAGCGUGAGAUAUUACAAGUAGCAAUAAGUAAAGGACAAUUAUCACAACCAGUCAGUUCACGUAUCAUUUGCUGUAAAUUACUGGGAAAAAUAUGUACCCGUUUUAAUUCACAAUUAAUAAAAAAACAAGUAUUACCGACAGUUCAUUCACUGUGUCAAGAUGUAAAUAGUGAUGUAAGAGCAUGUAUAUGCUUACAAUUACGUUUUGUUGCGGAAGGACUGGGUCCUGAAUCAGUUAAAUCGGCAUUGUUGCCAUCGAUUGUCGAGCUCGCGAGUGACGAAGAGAGUAUCGUGAGACAUGCAUCUGUACAGACAAUAGUUUAUCUACUACCUCAUUUACAUGCAGACGUUAUCAAAAGUACCAUAUCACCGCUGAUUAAAAAAUCAUGCGACAAUGCAUUAAAAUCAGAUGUAACUGUCAUGUGUACAAUUGCCGAGGAGUUUGGAAAACUGGCAAUUGGUCUAGAAAAAUCAUUAUCAACAUCUGAAAAAUCUUGGCUUAUUAAAUUUUUUAAACAAUUAGCCCAAGUGGGAAUUUUACCCAAAAAAGAUAAUAAUAAAACAGAAUUUGGAGCAACUGCUUGUUCUAAUACUCCCAAUAAAAAUGAAUUUUCUAGUGUUAACACAUGUACCAGUAAUCAAACUGUUAUUGAACAUUAUGUUGAGUGUCGUAGACUCUGUGCAUUCAAUAUUCCCGCAAUGUUUCUUUUUGCGGCUUCCACUGCUGAAGAUGUUGAUCAACUUUUACCAACAUUCACUGAUCUUUCUGCUGAUCCUUAUUAUUUGGUUAGACGAACUAUUGCCUGCGGUAUCCACGAGGUUGCUAAAAUUCUUGGACCAAAAAAUCAUUUAAUAAGAAAUGAAUUAAUAAAAUUACUAAAAGACGAUCAUGAACAAGUUUUACAGGGUUUGAUACCACAAUUAUCAACAACAUUGCAACUUUUAACCCAAAGUCAAGCACUGGGAAUGGAACAGCUUGAAUCAUCAGUUGUGGAGUUGGGAAAGGCAUUAAUGAAAUGUGAAAAUGAAAUUUUCAAUACGAAUAAUUGGAGACUGUCUAAAUUAAUAUUACAACAAUUAGAAAUAUUACCUAAAUGUUUUCCAAGUGAUUAUAUCUAUACGUACUUUGUGCCUGUGGCUUUGAAUCGUGCAUUGAAUGCGUUUAUAAAAUUACAGAGACCUAUGCCGGUGAGAUUAGCAGCUGGACGAACAUUUUUAGUGUUUAUUCGGUACAAUUUAAAACCAGUUCAAAGAACCGAAUUGAGGAAUAAAUUGUACAGUGAAUUUGCACGUAAUAAAAGCUGCUACGUAAGAAUGUUAUUUAUUCGAAUGAUGAUUGAAGCAAUGUCACUCUAUUCCUCAAUGUACUUUAAAGAACACUUUUACACGGUAGUACUGAGUCUUUCAGAUGAUCCAAUAGCAAAUAUUCGGCUUAAGCUUGUAAGUUUAUUGCCAACAUUAAAAUCAUAUUUACGUUUGCCAUCGGACAAAAAACUUUUGUCGUCAUUCGAGUCGAGUGUACGUAAUUUAAUGAAUAAUGAAAAAGAUCGUGAUGUUAUUUCUGCAUUGACAAGUGUCAUACGUCAGCUAGACGAAAUCGAUGUACGUCACGAAGGUCAAUCAUCUUCGAUUAAAUCAAAUAAACAAGACAAUGAAGAUUUUAAAAAAUACGAAGAGGAAAAUAAAAUAAUGGCAACUAUACCAAGUAAAUUGACAACUGGGCAACAAGUAAUGACAGUAAAAAAAUCACCGAUCGCGGGAACUGGACGAUUAACUACCAGUGAUGGAACAACGAUUCUACGUACUACUAAACAGUCUGGAAUUUUGACUGACAAUUUAUCUAAAACAACUAUGUCAUCGCAAAAAGUUAAGCAGGCAGGUUCAAUACCAAUAACGGAUUCAACGACAUUCAAGUCGAGACAAACGACAAGGAGUUUUGAUUUAGCAAAAGCCAGUACGUCCAGCGACGAUUUAACAUCAAGCUGGGCUCGUUUAACUUCAAACAGCAUGUUACUAACACAUUUAUGGGAAAAAAUAGACCGUUGUACAUCUUCAACGCCCUCGCCAUCGUCGUUAUCUUCAUCACCAUCGUCGUCAAUGUCGUCGAUGUCGUCAAUGUCAUCGUCGUCAAUAACAAAUCCAAAUUCUAUAAUCGGGUCUAAUAAUUCUGAAGAAAUAGACAUUUCUAAUCACCAUCCGUGUAAUUGUUACAAAAGUUUUAUUUAUCCGAGUCCUCUGUCAAGUCCCGGUAAUUGUGAGCCCGAGUACAAAAAUAAUGAGCCCACGUGCUCUUGUCGGGAGUCUUUAUCAUCUAAAAUGAAUUCUUGUCAUUUAUAUCACCAAAAAUCAAAUUAUUUUGACACCUCAUCACUAACAAGUCCACUCUUACUAACCCGUAAAGAUGAAACCAGGCAUGAUAUUAAUAAUUAUAAUCCUUAUAAAUAUUUAAAUAAUUAUUUUGCACCACGUGAAAGCACGCAGAGUUAUAAUGAUAAACUUAUGCCAAAUUUUGCUGCUCUCCGUGCUGUAACAAAUGCUGCACAGCAUAAUUCAUGUUGGGCUUUUAGUUCGAUGCCUGAGAUACCGGUGACUCUUUUGGAUGACGAAUUUUUGGUCGACACUGGGGUCAGAAUUCCUGCACAAUUGUCAUCAUCUCAAAGUACAUCGAAAAUUCCAAAUCUCCAGGAUAUUAUUUAUCGUAAUUCACGUAUUGGUAAUUACAAUGGAAAUAAAUCACGUCGAAAUAUCAGCUCUGUUAGUGGAGGAAGUUGUGGUGGUAGUGGUGGAAGUGGUAGCAGUGGAAUAAAUUUAGAAAAAGGUAAAAGUAAAAUGCACUAUCCGUUGCAUGAAACCUGUCUGAGAAGAACAACGAGUGUUGAUAAAUCAAGUAUAAGUAAUAUAGUUGGUAAUAGACUGUCGAUGAGUUUUGAUGACACGAGAAUAGAUAAAAGUCAUACAAUGUCGAUGGAAGAUGAUAUGAAAGCUAAAAGAUAUCCAUCAAGAACUAUUGGAAAACGACUGAGCAGCACUGGCGAGAGUCUUAGUGGAAGUAGCAAAAUAAUUGAUGAUAAAAAAAGAUCAUAUAUGGAACGUGAUAAAAAUCGUAUGACUCCACCUACUAGAGUCCUUGACAAAAGUAAACGACACUCUGCCAGCUACAGUAUUAAAUUUUUUGAUACCAAAAGCUACAAGGAUAAAUUUAAGAGACACAGUUUAGAAGUUCCAGACUACAAUCCCGAGCGGGGAAGACUCAAGAGGAAUUUCACCCUGGAUGUCAAUCAUAACCAGGGAAUGAGUAAAAUUCCACUGAGAAAUUCAUUUGCGGUUGGUAGCCGCACCGCCCCGGUCACCAGAGCUUCCAGUCCAAUAAGAUUGAGACCACAGAUUAGCUUCGAUCGAGGAAAAGAGGAAAACGAUGGUGGGGAUGAUGGGGAUGAGUAUCGUGACGAGAGGGUAAUGACGAGAUUCAGUUCUAGCGAUGAACAAGUUGAUAAACUUUGUAUUAGAUUUGCGUACGUUGAUGCGUAUCAGAGAGAGGAAAAUCCUCGUAAAAGUAUGAGUAAAUUACCUGUUUGGGUACCCAGAAAAAAAUCAUAAUUCUGUUACCCUACAUUAUAAAUCUUUCGUUGCAAUUAUUUCAUAAUCAGUAAUAAUUAGAAACUUUUUAGCAAUUAAAAAUAUAUAAUUUAUUAGACAUUGAGUUAUAAAUAAUUCAUUUACUACUUAAUUAAUAAUGAAAAUACUACAAAGCUUAAUUGACUUUUAAAUAUAUAUAUACGUGCACGUUCCCUAUAACGUUAAAAAAAAACAUUUUUAACAGGGUAUAUAUGGAGUUUAAAUUAAUAUAACAGUUGAUUUUAGAAAUAUUGCUAAAAAUUUAAAUAAUUUAUUUUAAAAAUUUUAUUUUAUCCAAAUAUUAAAUAUUUAAAAUUUAUAUAAAUUAUAUUUAUCGUUGAAUUUUUCCUAUAGAAUUUAAAUAAUAAAUUCUUUAUAGAUAGAAAAAAAUAAAUAUAUAUGUAAAAUGUAAGAGUACUAGAGUUGCUUCUUACUUGAAUAGUUAUUGGGCAAUAAUUCAAAGCCAUUAAUAAUAUUAAAAAAAAAAAAGUUAAAUAAUUAUCAUUAACUGAAACAAUUACAAUGAAUUAAUAACAGCAACAACAACAACAGUAUUGACUAUUAGUAAUUAGAGCUAGUCUUAGAUUCAUAACUUUAGGCAUUUAUUAUUUUAUUUAAUAAAUUAAAGCUAGAGCUUAUUAACAUUUUCUUCCUUUUUUAUAAUCGUUAAAUUAAUUUUUAAAAUUAGGUAUUAUUUUAAAUAAAAUUUGUUUUAUUUAUUUAUUUAGAUUUUAAUUGUAUAUUUUUAUAACUUUAGGAUUUAGAUAUUAAUGAACAGAAUUAGAGUAUUUAAAUAUAUAAAAAAAGAAAAAGAAAAAGAAAAAAACAAUUGGAGAUGUACAAAAUAAAAGAAAAGAAAAAUAUUUAUUUUAAAUAUUUGCGACGCAAUUAUUUUGGAUAAUUAAAAUAACUAGCUUAAAUAAUUAAAAUGUUUGGUAUUAAAGUAAAAAAGUUAUUUAGCGUGCCUCUAAAUCUUAAAUAAUAAUAAUUUAUUUUACUCUGAUGCUUUAAAAUCUCGAUUGCAGAAAGUAAAUUAAAGAAUAAAGAAUAAAGAUUAAAUGUGCAAGUUAUCAUAUCGUAUCGAGGAUUAUCAUGUCGGUCCACUGAGAGACUUAUUUAUAUAAUAAUAAUAAUAAUAAAUACAAGGAGAAAAUAUAUGAAUAAACGAAGAAAGACUUUUAAUCGUCCGGAAUGUGCUUGGAAAAAUAUAUAUUAUAUAUUUAUUUUUGUAUAGAUCUUUCAUGUUCAAAACUGACAUAUGUGCCAGAUAUAUUAAUUAUCAAUAUAUGUAUAUAUAAAUAAUGGAUUAAUAAUAAUUAUAAAAAAUGUUAUUGUAUAGAUAAUUAUAUCUAAUUGUUAAAUUCAAAAUGACCCUAUAUAAAAAAAAAAACAAAGAUAUAUAUAUAUAUAUAUAUAAUUUAUUAAUACUGUUUAAUGUAUAUACCCUUUAAGAUUCUAUUAUAGAAUCGAAAUAAUUAAUUAGACUAUUUAAAGUUUAUUUAUUUAAAUAGAAUAUCUCCUGUCCAUCUUAGUACUUGUUGCAAAAAAUAUAUCUGUGAUAAUUAAAUCAUUGUCUUGUUAUUUUAUUAACUAAUAAAACAGCACACACUUAUUUUUAAUACAAGGAUAAAAAGAAAAAAACGAUAAUUUUAUAUUUUUUCAAAUCAUUUUUUAUUUAUUUUUUCUACUAUUUGAAUAACUCAAAAAAUUUCAGUCACUACAUUUCCAUUAUUGGUGUCUAUACUUAUAAUUAUAUAAUAACCAAAAUAAUUAUCCACUUGAAUUUUUUUUUUAUAUAUCAAACUACUGUUUGACGUGCAUGUUUUUUAAAAAUUUUAAAAAUCUUAUAUCAGCACUGCGGGCAUUAAAAUACGCAGAUAUAAAAUUUUUUAAAAUCAUCGCGAAAAUAACGCGACUGGCAGUGAUGAUAAUUAUCAAUAAUUAAUCAAAAUAAUAUUUAUAUUUUCAUGAUAAUUUUAGUAGUUAACAUACAAAUCUAAUACGUUACAUGUGAGCAAAGGCCAAGAAGCGAUCGUGCAAAUUUAUAUACCCAAUAAAUUAAAAUAUUUAAGUACAAAAAAAAA